AUGCUUCGCAUCAAGAUCGAUGGUGACCAAGAACAAAGAUCUGUUCUUAUUGAUACCUUGAAAUUAUCUGAACAAAAGUUAGGCACAAAAAUUUUAACUAAAAACGAUGUAACAAGCCUUUAUUUAAAUAACCGAAGUAUUCGAAGUAUUCCAUCACUGUCAAUAUUUCCGCAUUUAAAUUGUCUUUCAAUCGAUGGCAAUCAUCUUCAAGAUCUUGAAUUUAUUAAAACAAAUUUUUCAUUAGGAGAACUAUAUGCAGGAAAUAAUCAUAUAUCAAAUAUUAAAGGAUCACUGAGUCAUUUGAAAAACUUACGUGUAGUUCAUUUACAAAAUAAUCAAAUAUCAAAUCUUAACAGACUUGCCUAUGAAUUACGACAUUUAAGUGCACUCGAAGAUCUUAAUCUAUUUGAUAAUCCUGUAACUUUCGUUUAUGGUUAUAAAUCAACCAUGAUUGAUUUGCUUCCCAAAUUACGAGUUCUUGAUCGAAAGACUGUUUCAAAUGAUGAACGAACUCAAGCAUUUAGUGAUCGUCAUCCUGAUCGACAAAAAGUGCUUAAUCGUAUCGGAUUUGCGUAUCAUCUCGAACCAAAACAAGAAGAAAAUUCAUUUGAAAAGACAAAAUCAUAUUCAUCACCAUUAUCUAUCAGAAAAUCUGCCGUACAAAUCAGAGAAAACAAUCCGAAUGAUCAAUCACAUGAACAAAUGUUGAAUGAAGCUUUACGAAUGCGAGCAUUGCGACGUAGUAUAACUGAAUAUUCACAAUUUGAUUGGAACAAAAUUCCAAUAGGCGCUGAAAAACGUUUAAUGGAAGCAGAAAAUGCAGUGACACAACCCGAUGUUAUUUCUAUUUUCUUUCAAUGA